AUGAGUUUGCGGAAUCAAAACCAACGGCGUAUUCCAGAAGAAAAGGGCCCUUUUGGCAAAGCACGAAAACGCGGUACCUCACGGGCAAAGACACCGUUGGGCGCCAACAAUGCAGCCGACGAAGCGAGACUCCACAACCAGCGCGCAGAAGACGACAUAUUCGGCCGCUUCAAGGCAGAGGAAGACAAAAGGCGCUCAGUAUCCGCGCGCCCGUCCACCGCACUACCUCCAACAGCCUCGGCGCCAAACCUCAUAGAUGCGAGCAACGGACUGGGCAACUCCUUCGCUGCAGGCGCAUCUACCAACGCUACUUUUGCACAAGAACCCAAGGAGGUUAUACUAUACGGCUUUGGGUCUGAGCAGCAAUGGGAAGCAAUAGCCUAUUACGAGAAGGUUUCCAAUGGCAUGAUCUACGAAGAAUAUGACCGCGAGCCACCCAACCCCAGACUCGGUUACAGUUUAGCUGCGCAACGCUCAUCGUACUACCCAUCUCUGGAACCGAAAUACAUGGCAAGGAUCAAGACAUAUAUAGGAGGUAACCACUGGGUUAAGGUCACUUUUGAUAGUGCGGAGGCUGCCGAGCGCGCCUGUCACUACAGUGGGAAGAACAUCCACGGCUGCAUAGUACAUGCGGAGAUGUACCGAGGAACAGGACCACAAGGUGGUGACAGACCGUUGCGUGUAGAGGGAGGCAUGUCACAGAUCGCAUCACCCAACACAAUAUCUUCAGGGACAUUGGGACUACGCGGCGCAUCGCAGUCGUCCGCAACCGCUUCCUCAGCCACAGCAACAGCUCCCCAACCUUUAGCACCGCAGACCCUUGUACCACGAUCAAACAUGGAAUCAGCCUUGCUACGCAGCAAGAGUGGCACUGGUGCUUUCCCAAGUCACAUGGACGACAUGCCCACUGAACCCGCUCAACCACGAGAACUGCACCAAGCUCUUGAUCCAAAUACCGUCCCCGCACACGCGACUACUACAGCGUUGAACCCCCGAUCUCAACGCGCAACCCUCCGACUCAAAGGCGCAAACGUAAAACCUGUUGUGUUCCUUCCACAAGAAAAGGCAUUCCUCCCCGCGAAACCCCGCUGGCAGCAAACGUUUGGCUCGUUACCGGUCAUUGGCUGGGUAAUUGGUUCGGGACAGGGCCUUAUAGGAGAUCAUGUACCGAGAAAGGAAGACGGAAGUUUCGAUAUGAACAGUGCGAGUCUGUAUUGGCGGGUUUGGUAUAUGGUGGACAACUGCCUUGGCAGUGACUUUUGUGGUGUCAGGGAUGCCGAGUACGAUGAGUAG